GAGGAAGGAUAUAAUUCUGGCAGCCGGCCUCUGAGCGCCCAGUUUAACAUGGGGUGAAAAACUUAUCAAUCGAUUACAAGCCUCAUAGUAGUGCUUUCGAGAAAUGGUUAUAUUCAAAUCACGCAGAUUUAUAGUGGCUUUCAUUUGAUGUUAAAAUCAACUCAAUAUGAUAAGUGGUCAAGUUUUUAUUUGUAAAAAAUAACUGUUAAAUUCCCAUAAGAAAAUCGUCAAUUUGGUGAAAACGAUAAUGAUGAUUACUAAGUUGUUUUUUAAUGGAUAAUGAAAUUGAAAAUUGCUCAAUGAAGUUCAACAUUUUCUUUGUGAUUCCAAUGUUUGAAACAAGAAUAUAUAAUUUUUGGAAAUUGUUAAAAAAUAAAUUUAUAAAUGCCUGCAAAAACUGCAUUUAGCCGGCCUGCAUGGUAGUUCCGGCGUUCUCCGAGGGAGGGUAGCACUAGAGAGAAGAGAGAGGGUAGGAGAGGAGGGAUAUCACCUUCCUUUUCUACUCAGAAGGGCUGGUAGCAGGAUAACAAGUUUGUAUUUCUAUACCUUCCACCCAAAAUAGACCGAUUAGUAGAAAAGACCUACUGAGAGAGAGAGAGAGAGAGAGAGAGAGAGAGAGAGAGAGAGAGAGAGAGAGAGAGAGAGAGAGAGAGAGAGAGAGAGAGUGAGUUUGUGUGUGUGAGCGAGGGAGUAGAAAAACACUAUUGUUCAUUUGUAAGCUAGUUGAGGAAUUUUGUCUUUCAAGUGACUUCGACUGUCUUCUGUCGCCUUGUCGACUAGUAAUAGGAAAUCAUUAGUGUUUUGAAUACGAGCAACAAGAAAGGAUCAGUUUUGUGGUGUUCAUUUGUGUCCUUGGUGAAUAAUUAUAGUUUUUUCAUUUUCGUGUUAUCAAUUAUGGGAAAGACUCGAAAAUGCUUGUCAGCUCCAAGGAAAAAGCGGCGAUUGAAUGAUGCAUUGAAAAAAUACAUGGAGGAAAAGAGGAAAGCAAAGGAAUCUAUGGACAACUUAGUAGAACACAGAAAUGAAAAUGGUGGAGAAGAAAAAGAAGAAGAGCUGCUGGGAAGAAGCAUCAUCAAUAUCAAUGAAUUUCUUGAACAAAUAAAACAUUUGGAUCAUCAUAGUCCUUUCGAUUGUUCAUUUAGAGAUAUGAAAGUUGUGGGGGAAAAAAGGGUAGGACUGAAAAGUUGUUUUAUUAUGAAGUGUAAAAUGUGCAAUAUUGUACGAACUAUUUGGUCAGAGAAGAAGAAAGACAAUAGAAUGGGGAUAAAAAUAUGGCAGCAGUGAGUGGGACAAUGACUACGGGGGGUGGCCACGCUCAGC